AUGCAAGGGCCCACCCCUACAAGCAAGCCAGGAAACCCACCAUCCCCCUCUGCGACGUCACCUGCUGCAGUUCAAGGGAUUACCCCUACAAACAAGCCGGGAAACUCACCACCUGCCCCUGUGAUAUCACCCACCACUGUUCAAGGGAUCAUCCCUACAAGCAAGCCGGGAAACCCACCAUCCACCCCUGUGACACCACCUGCUGCAGUUCAAGAGACCACCUCCACAAACAACCCGGGAAACCCAUCACCUGCUCCCACGACAUCGCCCCGCCUCUCUCAGCAGGUCCGUUCUUCAGCCAGCUCUGGAGCCUCAACAGCCACCCCUGCUGCAACUUCCAGCAUGGCCCAGCAGAAGACCAUCCCUCCAGCCAGCUUGGGAGGCUCAGCAGCCACCACUGCUGCAAGUCCCGUCCCCACUCGUGCGAGCAGUCCUCCAGCCACCCCAGGUGGUUUAGGGACUGCUGUCGCAUCCUCUCCCACCGUGGAAGCUCAGGGAAGCCAGCCGUUGGACCAGUUGACCAGCACCACUGCGAGCAUUGGAGUCCCAACAAGCAGCCUUGCCUCUGGUGUCUCUUCUCCCACGUCUGUUGCCAAGCAGCCUCACUCUUCUCCCAGCUCUCCAGGCCAGGGACUGACCUCUUCCACCAGACGUGGAAGCAUCAACACUUCUGUUACCCCUGUUGAUGGAUCCAUCUCCCCCACCACUAGUAAAGAAUCUCUGUCUUUGUCACCUGGCAGCAUCAUCAAGGUCUCAGAGGACACCACCACACCGACUCUUGGAACAGACCAGAGAAGCCACAACACCGCAUCUGUGUCAACCAAACCCACGAGUGCUGACCGCAGCCCUGCUAGUGCACAGCCAUCAGCCCCAGCCCCGGGGGACCAGACGGCGAGCAGCAGUCCUGGCCACCAGCACCCUAACGCUUCUUUCCAAAAUGAGGUCAUCUGUAAAGACCAGGUGCAAAAUAAUUGGCCCAUGAUGUAUCUGAAAGAAGCUAAAACCUGUGCUGAGUGGAGGACCGCCAGCAUCAACGUCUCCUUCUUUGAGAGCUUCUGCUCGACGGCCCAGCACGCUUUCAACGCCAGCAGGGAGACGUGCACGGUGAUGCUGACCUCCCGUGAGCCCCACUCCCAGCACUGGGCCGUGCGGGCGGUGGUGCACCUCCCUUUGGACCCUGAAAAAGUCCUUGAGGAGCUGAAGGAGAAGAAGGACAAGUUAGAGGAGCUCGGCAUCGCCAACAUCACUUACGACAAAAUGGAGAGGGAGAUGAUAAUCAACGAUGAGUUCAGCACGCCCCUGAUCAUCACCAUCGUCACCCUGGCCGGCUCCCUGCUGCUGAUUGCGGCCAUCUACGGCUGCUGCCACCAGCGCUUCUCCCAAAAGAAGGACCAGCACAUCCACCCUGAUCUCCCCGGGUUUGAUGAUGGACAUGUGGCCCUGAUCUUUAAUCAGCGCCUGACUGAGGAGCUGCAGACGAUGGAGAACGGCUACCAUGAUAACCCCACGCUGGAGGUGAUGGAGACCUCCUCUGAAAUGCAAGAGAAGAAGGUGAACCUCAACGGUGAGCUAGGGGACAGCUGGAUCGUUCCUCUCGACACCCUCAUGAAGGAGGACCUGGAGGAAGAGGAGGACACACAUUUAUAG